AUGGGACGACGAUGUGUUGCUUGUCUUAAACAAGACACUCCAACUAAUAACUCUUCUUUUCAUCGAUUUCCAAAGGAUCCAAAUUUACAACAAAUAUGGCUCCAACUACUGAAUGUACAUGACUCAAACGACGCAACACAUAAGAGAGUUUGCGAUAGUCAUUUCGAUUCAUCACCUUUUACUACAACAUCGAAUAAUCAGAAAAAAUUAAAACGAUUAAAGCAUGGUGCUUUACCAACAAAUUUAACCAUAUCUACACAACUAACUUCUUCAUCAUGUACCAUUUCUACACAAACAGAUUUAAACUUAGAUGAUUUAUCUAUUUUAUUCCAACAGCUCUCAACAUAUGAACAAAAAGUAUUUCAAAUAACUAUAUGCAUUGACCGAUUUCGUGAUGAUGAUAUUAAAAUUAAAUACUAUACUGGUUUUCGAUCUUAUAAUCAACCAAGUAAUCCACAAGCCCAACAAGACACUUGGUCUAACUAUAAAAAUACUAAUACUGCGAAAGAUCUUCAACACAAACAUUUUCCUCUCAUACAACCACCAUUUCUUGAACGCAAAGCGCAACUGUCACCGAAGAAGGUUAUCGAAACUCGUAUUACCGCUCGUCACAGAAUACAUGUCGAGAGAUGUCGAACAAUCCCAUACUCGGAUCCGAUCGGAUUAGUUGACCUGGAAACACGUGAAGUGACAUGUGGCCAUUUUUCUACAUGUUCGUGGCCAAAAAGCGAAAUGGGAAUAAGGCUCAUUACCAAAACGUGA